GAGCAAAGGUCAUUUUGUCUACGGCAGCAUCCGGAAGUUUAAAGGAAGAACUCACACCGGGUUCAUUGGUAUUUUUGGAUUCCUUUAUUGACAGAACAUUUAAGCGCGAAAUAACAUUCUAUGAUGGUAAAGAUGGUCAUCCAAAAGGUGUAUGUCACAUUCCUAUCCAUCCAGCGUACAAUGAAAAACUAAGACAGGUGUUAAUCUCAUCUGCAGAGGAGCUCAAAUACAAAUUUUUCAAAACUGGAACAGCAAUAUGCAUUGAGGGACCGCGAUAUUCUUCUCGAGCUGAAAGUGAAGUGUUCCGGGGUUGGAAUGCUGAUAUUAUUAACAUGACUGUUUGUCCGGAAGUUUAUCUAGCGAAAGAACUGGGUAUUCCGUUUGCAACAACUGCUAUUGUAACAGAUUAUGAUUGUUGGAGAGAGGGCGAAAAGGUGUCAGUUGAUUUGGUGGCUCGGAGGAUGCGCGAAUCUGCGGAUAAAGCUAAAAACCUUUUCGUUACAGCAAUCAAAAAAAUUGGAUCAAUGCAUUGGGAUGAUGAAAUAAUGGAGGCUAAGAAAACAGCUCGAGCAGGAGUGAUGAUUGACGAACAUGUGGUUUUCGAUCAUUUGAAAUAUUGA